GGCGGUGGGGGCCGGUGUGGGGGGGCCUCGCUGCAGCUGCCGCAGCCGCCAUCGCCGCCGCGAUGCCGAAAGGAGGUAGAAAAGGAGGCCACAAAGGCCGAGCAAGACAAUACACAAGUCCUGAAGAGAUUGAUGCCCAGCUCCAAGCAGAAAAACAGAAGGCCAGGGAAGAGGAGGAACAAGAGGAAGGAGGUGAAGGAGCAACAGGGGACCCCAAAAAGGAGAAGAAGUCUUUAGAUUCAGAUGAGAGUGAUGAAGAUGAUGAUGAUUAUCAGCAAAAGCGCAAAGGAGUGGAAGGGUUGAUAGACAUAGAGAAUCCCAAUCGUGUAAUUCAGACAACCAAAAAAGUAACUCAGCUGGACCUGGAUGGACCUAAGGAACUCUCGCGACGAGAGCGAGAGGAAAUAGAGAAACAAAAGGCAAAAGAGAGGUACAUGAAAAUGCACCUAGCUGGUAAAACAGAGCAAGCGAAGGCAGACCUUGCCCGACUAGCCAUCAUUCGGAAGCAAAGGGAAGAAGCUGCCAAGAAGAAAGAAGAAGAAAGAAAAGCAAAACACGAAGCGGCCAUGGCAGGUAGAAGACUGCAGUCACUAUCCCUUAACAAGUAAGCACAGGACAUGCAAGAGGAGGAAUCUCCAGGGAACUGUGCCUGGUGCCUGCCAGGAGCUCUGUCGUGAUGCAUACCAUAGAUGCCACGUAGGGUGUACUGCGGCAUCGACCUCACCUUCACCUCCAAGAGACACUGACGAUGUUGUUUGUCCUCAUCCUGGCACAGAUUUCCAUUUGGGGUUAGGGGCAGCUGCUCUCUUCGGUGCAGAACUGUGCUGAACAGCAAUUCUCUGUAACAGUUUGGAAACCUGAAUGUUUUCGCUGGUUUUAGGGUUAAAAACUCAUAGAGAAAGGGGCA